AUGGUCGAGCUGGACGUGAACGGCGCGUUGUUUGACAGCGCUGCCGUGUGGUCGGCGCUCUGGUCCGUGGACGCGGAAACUCACAGACGCGCCAUUGAGCGGGCCGAUGCUCGACAUGCCACGGUGGGGUUGUUCGGGUGUAUUCGUGGUGGCGUAUGGAACGCGGUGGAGCGGUUGGAUGUGGCGGAAGAGGCCAAGAUGGAGAUCAUGGAGGUGGAGGAUGCGACUCCCGAGGUCAGGAAGGCUGAGUUGUGGAUCAGCGUGGCACUGCUCCAGCUGGAAGUUCCGCGUAAGACGGAGAUACACGUUCGGAACCGGUGCCAAGGUGGACGUAGCCAUGAGCCGUAG